CGGGUCUGACCAUUGUUUGGUAGGGUUCGGCGGGGUUCGGCGGCCCGCAGGGGGGGGGGGGGGGGGGGGGGGGGGGGGGGGGGGGGGGGGGUAUCGAAGGGUUGCAUGAGCCUGCCCCUGACCCUCUGCAGGACACAUUCAGGGGCCGCUCCCCUGUGUACCGUUACCUGGUUGUCGGCCAGAAGGUCGACAACAAGGGGGUCAUGAUGCUGUGUUGCACUUUUUGCAACAAAGUAUUUCAGGGGAGCCAAUUCCAGGCGACGAGGCAUUUCACGCAGACGAACUAUUGCAAGGACGUCAGCGACGAGGCUUUGUACGAGAUCGCGCGACGGAGUCAACAGAAGUUCGAGAGCGAUCAAAUGGAGAGGGUUGCCAGGUACGCGGCGGAGCGCGGAGUCGAUGUGCCUGGCACGGGUGGUGUGAGGGGAGGAGAGGCGGGGCGGCAGCCCGUGGAGGGAGCGUCAGGAGGGGUAGGGGGAGAUGGUGGAGGUGGAGACACGGAGGAGGGCGCGAUCGACGUCGAUCGCGAGGCGCGUGUCCCGGGCGAGCAGGGAGUCCCGGGACACGAGGACGUGCCUGAGGUUUAUCCAGGCACUGGGGAGAGGAUGGAGGACCUUUUUAGGCGAGCAGCCAAGGGACCUGUAGAGGAGGGUUCUUCCAAGAGGAAGGAAGGUGGAACAGAUCCGGCCGCCGCCCCAGCUGGGAAGAGGCAUCGCCAGCAGAAGGUCACUGACGUCUACGGUGGCGAGUGGGUUGCUCGCCACAAGAAGACAUUCCUUCGCUGGCUCUAUUCCAGCGGGGUCCCCUUCAAUGCCUUCCGCAACCAGGCUUGGAAGGCAUACCAGCAGGUCCGUCUUGAGCAGCCUGGCAGUUCCCCUCGCGAUGUGCUCCCCAGCCACAGCGAGAUUGCGAGUAUGCAGGCGGUGGAGACCCACCGUGAGGAGCUGGUGGAGGAGUUGGAGGAGGUGAGGCAGCCAUUCUGGAUCACUGGUGCCACCCUCCUCUCUGACAGGAGGAAAUCACGAGACGGAAGACCGAUCGUGAAUUUCCUUGCCGCCGGCUCGCUGGGGGUCGUCGUCUACACGACGAUCAAUCGCGAGGGCGAGCCGGACGAUGCAAUGCACGUCCUUCGGAGAUGGGUGACCAUCUUCCACGAGUUCAGUUUCGGCGGCCCGCAGCGGGUCAAUGCGAUAUGCACAGACUCCGCAUCGGCGUACGUGGGCGCUGCGAGGGCAUUGGCCUCGUCGGGCAUUUCUCCUGCAAUGAGGAGGAUCACUUGGCUUCCGUGUUCUGUCCAUGUCUGCAACAAAUUGUUGUCAAACAUGGGGACGAGUUGCGACGCGUUUGUGGACGCGAUUACACACGCUCGUGUUCUGGUGGUGUUUUUCAAAACCCACCAGGCCGCCCUUUAUUUCUUUAGGAAGCGCAGCCCCAACAAGGGGCUUGUGCUUUCUUGCGAGACACGGUUCGCGUUUGUUUAUUUUAUGUUGGAGAGACUGUUGGCCCUGCAGGACGCUCUGCAGGCGAUGAUGCGAGGGGAUGAGGGGCGGGAGUUUGCUUCUAUACCGUGGUCCGCCGAUGUGCGCGACAUGGCGCGUUGGGUGCGCCGACAGAUCAGAUGGGAGCCUUGGUGGCACACGAUGGCCACCAUAGUCCACAUCAUGCAGGCCGUCAUGGAGCUGCUUAGGCGGAUGGAUCGUGGGGGGCAGUACAUGUCCCUCAUGAUCGAGUGGACACAAGAUCUUGUCCGCCGUGUCACUGAUGCAUGCGCUCAUUUGGGGAGGGUUUUCGCUGACCGCAUCGUCAGGCGUGUGCAGGCUCGCACACAACACAUGCUGGAGCCUGCUCACUGCACGGGGUUCUUACUUAACCCCCGCAGACGACAUGUUGAGUACUUUUCGGGCGAGGUGAGGGAUUACCCUCGGUGGCUUGUAAGGCAAUCCAAGAGGUACAUUUUGACGCAGACGGGUUACGAGGAGGAUGGUGUGGAGUACAUCAUUGCAUGUCGGCAGUUUGAGGACUUCCACAUGCAACAGGUCACAUUUGGGGAUUGGGGAGGGGGGGAGGGGUGUGCUCGUGGGCGUACUUGCAGCGGCGACAGGGAGACGAUUGAGUGCGCGUCCUGGUGGUCUCAGUACGGGUUUGGCGCACCUGAGUUGCAGCGUUGCGCUCUUCAUAUGAUGCACAUGUGGUCUUGCGCCUCUCCAGCGGAGAGGAACUGGGCAGUCCACGAGGGCAUUCACACGAAGAAGCGCAACCAGUUGGCCUUUGAGAAGGUCGUUCAGCUCGUUGAGAUCACCGCGAAUGUGCGGUUGUCGGAGUAUCGGCGGGCUGGGUGUGGUUAUGUGCUGCCAUGGCAGCGGGACGAGGGCAUGCUAGACUGCCAGGCCGGACUGGAGUUGGAGCCAGUGCGCACGGGCACGCGCAGGAGGAUGACACCGGAGGAGAUUGCCCGUCAGGUUGCGCUUAUCACCCGGGAUCCCAUCGGGGUCUCCGCACCACCCGCCGCUGAGGCCGUAUUCGGUAGACGUGCUUCCAUUUCUGUCCUUACCCCAGGGAGGAUGAUUCCGACGAGGAACCGAUACCCGAGGCAGCGGACCACCCCGCACUCUGGGCAGCGCUCUGGGGUCGGAGUAUCGGCGGGCUGGGGGCUGGGUGCGGUUGACAGGGCGGAGAGGGAGAUGAUGGGGGGAGAGGAGGAGUUCGGGGGACCGUUCGGGGAGGUCGCUUCGAUGGGCGGCACAGGAGCGCGGGCGACGAGCCCCGCUCCGACGAGGCAGGAGUCGUCCAUGCCGCCACCUUCUUCUCCGAGUCCUGCACCGCCAUCGCCCGUCGCGCCAUAUGAGCCGACCACGGCAGCAGAGGACACGGAGGAGUUGGCGUCCUCUUUGCCUCAGCGCGGAGUACUCCACAGAGGCGGGGCAGUCCGACAGCUGAGGUUACGAUCACCUUCUCCGGGGGUCUUGCAGGAGGAGGGGGGACCAUCGGCAGCAGCAGUGGAGGGGGAGAUGGCAGUGGAGGGGGGAUUGGCGGACACGACGAUUGCAGGUGUAGUGAACCAGAUAGUUGUAGCAGCAGCGGCUUCAUUGCUAGAGGAGAUGGCAGCUUCAGUGUUGGCGGAGGAGGCACCAGCGCCAGGGGGAGCAGAUGCAGUGGAGGGACAGGCGGGAGUAGCUGGAGGAGCAGCGGGAGGAGCAGCUGGAGGAGCAGCUGGUGGAGCAGCUGCACUGGAUGGGCUUGUGGCUGCAGCAGCUGGAGCAGCGAGACGAGGGUCGGAUGCAGUGGGGGGGGGAAUGCUAGGAGCAGUGGAGGAGGAGAUAGGGGCACAGGCGGAGGCGGUGGAUGAGGCUGUGCAGGCAGGACGGCGGCGCGAUGAGCGUGUGGGUGACGCACGAUGUGUGGUCCGGGAGACAACGACGGGUCUAGUCGUUCCGUUCUCGGGUCUGUACUUGGCUCAGGGCCGACAGUCGCAGCCGGUGCCGGUGGCAGUGCAUGGUGUGCCGCCGCCCGUUAUCACGGAUUUGGGGUCCGAGCCGGUGGUUGCGCCACCGCGUUUUCCUAGUCACUUUGCUCCGCAGGAGGUCCGUCGUCCUUUGAAUGCAGACGAGUUGGCGAGAGAGGCUGUCCUCGAUGUGACUCGCUUGGACCGGCGGGUCUUUGACCAGAGGCUACAACAUCCACCAUGGCAGGCGAUCCCUCCAGUUCCAUGGGGUCCUGCAUCGUCGGUGUGGUCUGGGUCUACCUCUACCGGAGCACGUACGGCGGGAGAUGUUCCAGGGGUUUCAGGUGGCUUCGUGGAGACGGCGCCACGUACACGAGACAUGCCACCCCCUCCUCCUAGACCACUUGUAGGUGAUCCGUCAUCGUCGCCCAUAGGCAGAGGCUCUCGAUCUCCACUCACGCCUGGGAGGUCUAGGAUUCGGGACACUACAGCCAUUGUGGGGGACGUGAGUGACACAGUGUUGUUCGGGAGGACAGACAUAGAUUUGGAUUCCACCCGUCGUGUCACGGAGCACACUACACGUCUACAGCCGGGUUUGGGACCCCGCGGCGGCAGGAUGACCGCAGCGAGGGAGGUGGCAGCAUCAGGUUGUGAGCCUCAUCGAGGUCGCGACGGAGGAGUGUCCGCCGAUAGCUUGGAGUACGCUCUGAUGGCAGCGAUGCGUGCCGUAUAUGAGCAGACUCCACGCAAGCGUGGAGUGCCUCCUCGUCCACGCCCCUUGCUUGCAGAGGGAGGAGAUGCACUUGGAGAGACUUCGGGGGUAGAGGGGUUGGGGAUGCCUCGUGGAUCGCGCCGUGAGCAGACGGUUACAGAGGCUAGUGCGAGGGUUGUUGUGUUGAGGAAGGCAGGAGCCCCUGUCACCAUCGAGGAGGAUGAUCCUGAGACAGAUGUGGCAGUGCGGGAGGAGGACGAGGACUAUGAGGACGAGGAGGAGGGAGAGGAGGAGAGCGAGAGAGGUUCCGAUGGUGACGACGACCACGACGAGCACGAGCCCCCACCUCCCCCACCGAAAGGUGCAGCCAGACGGCACGCUGCGCAGACUUCUUCAUCAUCACGAGGGAGGAGGAGUUUGACAUCCGGCACACGAGGGGGUACGAGGAGACAGAGCGGGAAGGGGAAGAAGCGUCGUUGACUGAUGAGGCCAACACUCAUUUUUCCCCUGCUCGGACUGAGGUUCGUCAUGUUGUGCGGUCCUAGUUUUUUUUGUCGUCUCGUCUUGUCUUAGUGUUGUUAGGCUCUCAGUGGUUGUGUGCGUGCAGCGUGCUACAGAUGUAUUAGAUGAUGUUUCCUUUGUUUUCGGUGUGUAUGAUUUUGGUACCAGUAUGGUGUUCGUAGAGUAGCGUUGUACCAGUAG